AUGGCAGCGGACAGCUCCCUGCUGCAGCUGGAGGAAGUGAUUGAAGAUGAUGCUGCAGGGGUUGUUACCUCUGCGUCGUCCAGCAGCAGCAGCGACAGCAGCAGCAGCAGCAGCAACAGCAGUAGCAGCAGCAGCAGCGGCCCCUCGGCUGUACUCAAUGAGGCAGCAUCUCGAUCGGCGGCGAUUGCAGCAGCAGCGCAGGCUGCAGCUCUCUCAGAGCGCUGUCGCUCUCUGCUGCCGCUGCUGAAAACUGCAGUAGAUAGCAGCAGCAGCAGCAGCAGCAGCAACAGCAGCAGCACCAAGGAGUGCAGCAGCACAGGCAGCAAAAGCAAAGGCAGCAGGCCUGGGGGGACUCUGUUAGAGUUUGACUCUGAUGAAGAGGGCCCCGUAGUGGAGCUGGAUGUGGGUGUGGGGCUGUUUGAUGUGAAGGGCCAGCUGCCUAGCGACGCGCGGCUGGCGCAGCUGGGGAUUCAGGUGGUCGACGUGCCAGAGGGGUCUCCUCUAGAGACACUAAACUCGGCGCAGACACAACCCCCCAUGGAUGCCCUUCAGCGGGCCCUCGCAGCGCGGCAGCAGUCCAGCAGGUGA